AUGGUACCUGUCACAUAUGGGACUGUUGUUGCUAUUGACUACAAGAGUGGCUGGUGGUACAAGAGUUGCAAGCAUUGUUUCCAUGCUCUAAAGGAAUCUGAGAAUUCAUUCCAUUGUGUUACCUGUGACACAUUCCCAAAUUCUCAUGUUCCUAGUAUAAAUUUAAGAGUUGCUGAUGAAUUAGAUACCGCCUCCUUUAUACUAUAUGACAAAGAAGCUAGCAAAUACCUUGGUGUAUCUGCUUCUGAUAUGCGCAUGUCUCAUGUCAACAAGGGAAGUUUGAAGGAUGAAUAUCAUUAUCCUCAGGAGCUCAAUGCUUUCGUUGACAAGAAUUUCAUAUUUAAGAUUUCAGUUAAGAUGGAAGAUAUCAAUGCUUUCCAACCAUGCAGAAUUGAAAAUUUGGUCCAUGAAAAUUCUGAACUUAUUACUAUUCUCUCCGACUCUACUGAAACUCCCAAGCAAACAGGUUCGCCUUCCAUUGAGAUAAUUGGUGAUGAUAAUACUGAUUCAUUUUCGACUCCAAAAAGGGGACUCAUCGAGGCCGCUUCAUGUACCAAAAGUCUUAUUGAUGUUUAUCCAGAUACUGAGAACCAGUCCUCUACUAAGUCUCGAAAGAUUACCGUUGAAGAAGUUCAUAAUGUUGCAAAGCUUCAUGAAGAAUAG